UGUCAACAUGGCUACCGGUGGAGGGCAAAUUAUUAACGGUAAAAUUCAAGCAGUAGAGGAGGAGACACAGUAUGGAAAUCGAGCGCGAAUUUUCCGGAUAAACAAAGAUCUUUUGGUGCUAAAGCUUUACUACUUUUUCGCAUUUAGUGCGAAAGCUUGUAUCCAACCAUUCUUUCCGGUGUUUUUACGCCACGUGGGAUUAUCAGCUGAACAGACCGGUUAUGUGAUCGGACUGCAACCACUGGCAAAUUUCAUUGGAGCACCCAUCGCUGGCGCUUUAGCGGAUAAAUAUCGAAAACAUAGAGUUGCAAUGUUAAUUAUGUGUAUCGUUUCUUCUGCUCUUCGAUUUUCUUUGGUGUUUCUUCGACCCAACGAGGAACUAAACGCGGCGAAGAACUUUUGUAAUAAUAGCUCAUUUUCUAACAUAACUGGAAAGGAAAGGACCGUACUUAAAAAAAAUUAUUCUAUGAUUCCAGAGAAUUAUUCAUCACCUUUUGUGGAUAAAAACUGCACAGAUGAUUUCGUUGGAAAUACAACAGAUAUCGUCAAAACUACAGCUAGUCGGGACAACUACAAUAUGUUUGUUCUUAUAUCUGUUCUUUCUUUUGUAUGGUCGCUAUUCGAUGGCUCGAAUUCCAUGGCUGAUGCAGCCACUGUUAAGUACUUGACAGAUAUUGGCAGAGGCGGUGACUAUGGCAAGCAAAGGCUGUGGGGUGCUGUAGGAUGGGGUAGCAUUGCAGUUUUGUCAGGGCUCACAAUUGAUCAAUCCUCCCAGAAUUCAAAUCAGAGUCAGUUUUUCAUAGCAUUCUGUGGUUUCCUGUUGUUUAGCAUUGCAGCUUUUGUAACAGUGUUUAAGUUGCCAUUGGAAUACUUAGGGGGUGAAUCCAAGCCUAAGAUUUUCCAGAAUGUGUUCAUCAUUCUCUCUGACUGUCGCAUUGUGACAUUUUUGGUGGGGAUUCUCAUCAUGGGAGCAUGUUUUUCAACAAUUGGUGCCUUUUUGUUCUGGUUUAUUCAAGACAUGAAUGGCAGCCAUUUGUUAAUGGGACUAACUCUUUGCAUGACAUGUGUCUCAGAAGUUCCUGUUAUGUUUUUUUCUGGGAAGUUAAUUAAAUGUAUUGGCCAUCAUGGUGUCCUAUACCUAACGUUUGUGUGUUAUACAAUUAGAUACGUGUUGUACUCAUUCCUUCACAAUGCCUGGUAUGUAUUGGCUGUGGAACCUUUACAUGGUGUGACAUUUGGAGCAAUGUGGGCAGCUACAACUUCCUAUGGGGGUCUUAUUUCACCUGAAGGGAUGCGUGCAACAGUGAUGGGUUUGGUUAUGGCAACGCAUUUUGGUCUGGGAAAACUUAUUGCAGGCUUUGGUGGAGGGGCCAUGUACAGUAGUUAUGGACCAAGAAUUCUUUUUAGAAGUCUGGCUGUAACAAGUGCUAUCACAUGCUUGCUGUUUGCUCUUUCGCAGAGGUUGAUUAAGAGGAAAUCACAAGUGCAUUAUUCAAACUUUCACAAUGAUUCUCAAAAUGACAGUACUUGGGAUGCAGAGAUGAAGGAGAUAAAUUUAGAUUCAGGUGAUGAACUUUGAUUUUGAUUCAGUUUUUUUGUAUUCACUUUGUUGAAGUGUAUUGUGGAAAGUUGUAAACAAUAGUUGACUUUUUAACUUGGAUAAAUUAACCAGAAACAACGUUCAAGAGGCUGUUAUGUUAAGGAUCUAAUUUCAGAAGGUUUACAUGUAAGUGUAAGUGAAAAGUUAACAGAAAAGUGAGAGGAUCAUUUUGUAUUGAGCAAGCUCAAUUUGUGUUGAAGAGUGGAACAGCACUGUAUGCAGUUUGGAUUUGAAUUUGAAAGGUAGAAUCUUGACUGCUUUUGGUUAUUGGGUACUUUUUAGUGUGGUUUGUCUCUGACACUAAAGGGUGAUCCAUGCAGGUGUUGUGGAAUUUAGGUCAUGAAUUUUUUUUUUUAUUAUUCUGAUAUAUUCAAGUGAAAGGAUUUGACCAAUAAAUUGUAAAAUAAGGUUGUAGUGUGAGGAGCAGGGCUGGUUACUUUUACUUUGUGUCAAUAAGAAAAUUGUGUCAUAUUUUUAAAACUUAAAGGUCAAAGACACUGUGGAUGUGUUGUGAAAGCUACUGGUACAAUUUUGCCUGACCUAGAUAUUUUGGUAAAUACUCUAUUUCAAACAAGAUAUUGUUAUUAUUACAGUGUACAUUAAAAUAUUAUUAAUUUUUUA